CGGUCGACAUGCGUCAGGGCCUGCAGGUCGUGUAUACAGCACUCCCUCAUCAUCUGUCGUGCUACGCGUGUUGCCACGUAUAAGCUACUCUCUCGCAUACUCUUGUCAGUUAGCCCAGGAACAGUCUAGCGUGUCGAAAUGGCGUCCUCCGGAGGUCUGCACUCGUUGGCAACGAUCAUCAAGAGGUUGGAGGCCGCGACCUCCAGGUUGGAGGACCUCGCUAAUCUUCCACCGCCUGGCCUUGUCACUGGCUUGCAGAAUGUCACCUCGUCGUCCGUACCGUCCGCGUCCUCCGAGCCGACUCCCGUCCCACCUCCGCAUGGCCCGGCAACCUAUGCAGCAGAGACUCCCAGGAGCGUGGAAGCGUUCGAUGAAUUGAUCAUUGAGGGAAAGGUCAAGCCGUUCGUCGAGCUGACGAAGAGCUUCGCGGUACAGUCGGUCAUCGAGCAGGCGGGGAUGGUUGAGAAGGAGUUCAGAGACCUGCGAACCCUACUGCUUCUUGCUGCGAACUGCAAGAAGCCCGAUCAGAAGGCAUUCGAGGCGCUCCUGGCCCUGCUUCAGAAGGAUAUCGAGGCGAUCACUCGUGCGAAGGAGGCGAACCGGAAAGACCGCGACUGGCUGAAUCACCUGUCCACUGUUGCAGAAGGGGGUACAUGCGUUGGCUGGGUCACAAUUUCGCCGAAACCGGGCCCCUUCGUUGCUGAGAUUAAGGAUUCUACCUUGUUCUAUGCCAACCGUGUUCUCAAGGAAUUCAAGGACAAAGACCCCAAGCACGCAGAAUGGGUGAAGGCGUACACCUCGUUGCUGGAAGAGCUGCGUAAGUACAUUGCGGAAUAUCACACUACCGGUCUCGUGUGGAACUCCAAGGGAAUGUCCGUCGACGAGUACCAAACAGCAUCAUCGGCACCUGCUACCAGUGCUGGGGCCCCACCUCCGCCUCCGCCACCACCUCCACCCGGCCCCCCUCCACCGCCUGCAGUUACACCCGCUCCAACUGCCGGCGGUGUGGCUGCUGUGUUCGCAGAGCUGAACCGGGGAGAGGAGGUGACAAAGGGUUUGCGCAAGGUCGACAAGUCUGAGAUGACGCACAAGAACCCCGCGCUGAGGGCUGGUAGCACGGUCCCGAGUUCAAUGGGAUCUGCUGCUGCUCCCAAACGCCCAGUUAAGCCUACGAAACCGCAGGCUCUUGCGGGCAAGAAGCCUGCGAAGUUUGCUCUUGAAGGCAAUAAAUGGAUGAUAGAAUACCAAGAAAACGAGUCAGCUCUCACCGUCGAGAAUGUGGAAAUGAGCCAGACAGUGAACCUGUAUGGUUGCAAGAGCUCGACGAUCGUGAUCAAGGGCAAGGUCAACGCGGUAACAUUAAUCAACUGUAUCAAGACAUCCAUUCUCGUUGAGAAUGUGAUCUCCUCAGUCUCGAUUACCAAUUCGCCGUCCUUCGCGCUUCAGAUCACGGGAAGUGCGCCGACUAUUCAGCUUGACUCGACAGACUCUGGGCAGAUCUACCUGUCGAGGGGGUGCCUCGGUGUGGAGAUCACGACAGCGAAGUGCAGCAGCAUCAACGUGAGCUUGCCGGAAGAGGGCGAGGAGGAGGGGAUCUUCACCGAACACCCGGUGCCGGAAAUGUUCAGGACAGUGAUUCAGGGUGGCAAGCUUGUUACGGCGGCCGUGGAACACUCUGGUUAGUGAAUGGGAUUGUGGAUAGUGCUUCGAUCUGUACGGGCCGCGUUUACUGGAUAUGGAUAUUGGGGCGAACAGAGUUAGCGUUCUGUGGCAAAAUGAACGUAGCGUGGUCGAGGGACGCAAUCAAGCUGAGGUCCAGGA